CGAAAAACAAGUUGCGCUGGUUGCCAAAGGUAGAGUUGUUUGAACAUUAGCUUUCCUAAAGGUAACUGCAGAAUCAGUCAUGGAUACACACUCGCUGUCCAAUGUGCCUAGAGGUAUAUGGAUGUACUUCACUGGAAUCUUUGCAUAUCUGAACUACCACGUUCCACGUACAAGGCGAGAGAUCUUGGAGAGACUUAUCAAGGGUCUCCAGAGAUUAGAGUAUAGAGGCUAUGACUCUGCCGGGGUUGGAAUCGAUGGAGGAAAUGAGAAAAACAGCGAAAACCACUGUGAAAAAAUCCAGCUCAUCAAGACAAAAGGAAAGGUGAAGGCCCUGGAUGAAGAAAUAAACAAGCAACAAGAUAUGGAUCUGGACAUUGAAUUUGAGGUUCAUCUGGGCAUUGCACAUACCCGCUGGGCUACUCAUGGAGAACCGAGUCCUACCAACAGUCAUCCUCAGCGUUCAGACAAGAACAACGAAUUCAUCGUCAUCCACAAUGGCAUUAUCACCAACUAUAAAGAUCUGAAGAAAUUUCUGGAAAGCAAAGGUUAUGAAUUUGAGUCUGAAACGGACACCGAGACCAUCGCUAAGCUAGUGAAAUAUAUGUAUGACAACCGGGAGAAUGACGAUAUAAGCUUUGCAACCCUAGUGGAGCGGGUCAUCCAGCAGCUGGAAGGCGCUUUUGCCCUUGUAUUUAAGAGUGUACAUUUCAAGGGCCAAGCAGUCGGAACCAGGAGGGGAAGCCCACUUUUAAUGGGGGUACGAAGUGAACACAAGCUCUCUACCGAUCACAUUCCUAUCCUCUACCGCUCUGCAGGAAACUUGGAUUAUUCUCUUGAAGGAAUGUCCAUUAAAAUGGAUAAAGGUUUAGAUAAAAAAGGAAGCUGCAUACUGCCCCGAGUGGACAGCACAACCUGCCUAUUCCCUGUAGAGGAGAAAGCAGUGGAAUAUUAUUUUGCUUCAGAUGCCAGUGCCGUCAUAGAGCACACUAACAGAGUAAUCUUCCUUGAGGAUGAUGAUGUAGCUGCAGUUGUUGAUGGACGUCUCUCCAUCCACCGAAUCAAGCGAAGUGUUGGGGAUCACCCAGCACGUGCCAUUCAGACUCUGCAGAUGGAGCUGCAGCAGAUAAUGAAAGGUAACUUCAGUACUUUUAUGCAAAAGGAAAUCUUUGAACAGCCCGAAUCCGUUGUCAAUACCAUGAGAGGACGUGUUAACUUUGAUGAUCACACAGUCAAUCUUGGCGGUUUGAAGGAUCACAUUAAAGAAAUACUAAGGUGUAGGCGGCUGAUCCUUAUUGCCUGUGGAACUAGUUACCAUGCUGGAGUUGCUACUCGUCAGAUUUUGGAAGAGCUGACCGAGCUGCCUGUUAUGGUGGAACUCGCAAGCGACUUUCUGGACAGAAACACUCCAGUUUUCAGAGAUGAUGUCUGCUUCUAUAUCAGUCAGUCAGGAGAAACAGCAGACACGCUGCUUGCCCUCCGUUACUGCAAAGAGAGGGGUGCUUUGACUGUAGGCAUAACAAACACUGUUGGAAGCUCCAUAUCACGGGAAACUGACUGCGGAGUUCAUAUCAAUGCUGGACCUGAAAUAGGUGUUGCCAGCACCAAGGCCUACACCAGUCAGUUUGUGUCCUUGGUGAUGUUUGCCCUUAUGAUUUGUGAUGAUCGAAUAUCCGUGCAGGGACGUCGCAAACAAAUCAUUCAGGGGCUGAAGAUCUUACCAGACAACAUUAAAGAAGUAUUGAGUAUGGAUGAUGAGAUUCAGCAGUUGGCAACUGAGCUGUACCAGCAGAAAUCUGUACUUAUUAUGGGCCGUGGAUAUCACUAUGCAACCUGCUUGGAGGGAGCUUUGAAAAUUAAGGAAAUCACAUACAUGCAUUCGGAGGGCAUCUUGGCAGGCGAAUUGAAACAUGGUCCCCUAGCCUUGGUAGACAAACUCAUGCCAGUUAUUAUGAUCAUCGUCCGGGAUCACUCUUACACAAAGUGCCAGAAUGCGCUGCAGCAAGUUGUUGCACGACAGGGCAGACCUGUGGUUAUCUGCGACAAAGAAGACACAGAAACCAUUAACAAUGUCAAACGCACUAUUAAGGUACCUCACACAGUGGACUGUCUGCAAGGAAUACUAAGCGUUAUCCCUUUGCAGCUCCUUGCGUUUCAUCUUGCUGUUCUGAGAGGAUUUGAUGUGGAUUGUCCAAGAAAUCUGGCAAAGUCUGUCACAGUGGAGUAAGCCAAGAAUAAUACACCGUUUUUGGAAGACACUAUUUUGACUUGUACCAUUACCCUCCAUUUUUAAAACUCAUUUUUUUUUAUUUUUGUAUUUAUGUUCUUUUAUUAUGUAUUGGCACUUGAGAUUAUUUGCAGAUCUUUCCUAUUUUGUUGCACCUUUUUUCUAGUUUGAAUAAUGGAUCUUUGAGAAAUUUGCUUUCUUUAAACUGUAACUCUCCCCAUAUCCUUGCGAAUUGCACUGACACAUUUUUGCCACACCAUGACCAACCAAUGCUACUUGUCCACUUUGUUAUAGUCUGAAUGUAGAUCCGACCCAUGUUUACAGAACACUAUUUGCAUUAGGAAGUAACUAGUAGAGCUUCUUUAAGACAGGCUAUAAGUUACUACCUGGAUGUUAAUGCUGUGUUGGUGCAGUAGUCAAAUUGCAUACGUUUCUAUGCCAGGGAGAGGGCAUCUAUUGGUAAUUCUUCUACACUGGCAUAUAAACAAAGAUGGACAGUGGUAAAAUGUGUAAUUUAGUGUACGAAUUGCCCGACUGUGCUAAUUUAAAAAAAAAAAUGUAUGCUUCGUAGUUUAUUGCUGUUUGAUGGGCAUAUCCAAUCUGAUCAAAUCACUGUGUAAAUGGGUGAAGUUAGUAUAUUUACUCUAUUUCUUUACAUUACAUUUCUGGUUGGUAUUGGGCAGCAAAAUGCUCUAGCAGUGGGCAAUGUAAAAUCCAAUUUAUUUAUUUUUUAUUGAAAUUUCCUAUCGAAAUCAACUAGGUUUUGCAUUCCUGUUGUGCUCUAAAUUUAAGUAGUUUGCUGACAAGCCAUCUUUGUUGUAAAUUAUACUAACUACUUUUACUAUUCAGGAAACAUUUGUGGGCUAGUUCUCAUUUUAAUGGUACGUUAACAUGGUAACAAAAAUCUUCAUAGACUUUUUUUUCGUUACUAUCUGUUAACGUUAGACCUAGAAUGUAAUAUAGCCCAUUACCUGUUCUGAUUAACACCUAUAAUUACAACUGUUCCUGGAAGCAUUCAUCUGGAAGUUGAUGUUAAAGUGCUUUGUUUUGAAAUUCUAGAAUGAAAUAUUGGGCAUUAGUUGAGCCUUUAAUUUGUAGAAGGAAAAAAAGAUUGAAGUCCACACAGUCAUUUUUGGAAUUGUUAAGGAUUACACAAUGUAAUUGUUCUGUUAUUGCAGGGGUUUGCAUAAAAUUUUAAAAUGCUCUAAAAGAGCUGCUGCUGAAUCAUUUUAAGAUUCCGUUUGUUGUUUAAUCAAACUGUGAUAUUCAGAAAAGAAAUCUAUUGUACACUCUAAGUUAAUUGCAGUAAAUCUAUUUUCCUUCUAGUGGUUUUAACUAGCACAAUUCUAAACUGACAUACAGAAUGCAUAGGCAGUGAAAGCAUAUGAUUUGCUAACCAGUUGUUGUCAGUCAUGAUAAAGGACCAUAUAAAAUAUAUAAUUUAUUUUGGCAGCUGUGGAAUUAUGUAACUCCGCCCACAAGGCUCUUUCCAGUUCCCUGUGGGACUGUCUGAAUACUGUUCAGAAUUGCCCAUUUUGCUCAUUUACCGUAAGAGCCUUGUGGAAUCAGCAAAUGUGUAAUUAUGUGACAUGACACAGACUCUAUUGAUCAAAUGAAGGAAUUUGGAGAUUUAAAAUAUGCACUACUUGGGAAUAGCAACCAUGAAGACAAUGUGACUGAUGCUUUUUGUUAUUUUUUUUCUAUGUUCCCUUUUAAACAUUUUGUACCCAGUCUACUAUAUUGCUACUUAAAUAGCAUUUAGUCAUGUAGAUGUUAUAUAUAAAUAUAUAUAGAAAUAAUUUUUUGUUGUUGUUUUAACUGGAAUAAUGGGUAUUUCAAUGAAAUUGAACAUAGGCGUAUUGCAGUGUUUUUUCCUAAUCAUGUACAAUAACAUUGCAGAGGACCAAAGAUACGUUCAGUGCAUAUUGUAGAAAGUACCCCUGAAUUCAUGUGAAAUAAUAAAACAUUUGGACAAAGCA